UUAAGUAAUUGAGAGCUCGGUUGGAACAAAAACCAGAAGCAAACUAUGGGAAAUUGCACGUUCCUUUUCAUUAGCGUGUCAACAUAAUUUUAAAAGGUUUUCAAAACUUGAACAUGUUGCUCAAUGUGUAGGUAUCUGUGUUUAGCUGUACCCGAGAAAAUGUAGUGAAAACGAAUGCAGUCAUAUUUAGCUGAAGCUCCUGUUCUUAAAAAAAAAAAAAAAAAAAAAAAAAAGUCGAGUCACUACAAUGCAACAACGUCAAGUUCUCUGACGUAAACUCUGCCUCAGGCUACUCGACCACUGCAGCUAUAUGGUAUCGGUUUUUGUUUUUUCACAACGGUGCUAGCACACUGACAAGAUGGAUAAACAGGAUUUGUUCAUCUUUCUUCUCAUCAGUUGUAAUUUCAUGGUUGUCUCUGGCUAUCCAAAUGGCUUAGUUACAGCUUCCUGCAGUAGCUUGACACCAGCGCAUGGUGGAGCCAUUGCUCAGACUCCAGCUGCUCCCUUUAGCGUCACAGCCAGUAAAUCCACUUACAGUCCAGGAGAUCAAAUCACAGUGACUCUCCAGGCUAAAUCUGAUACCUUCCAAGGAUUCUUGCUGCAAGCUCGGCAGAUUGGAGGAGGUGCUGCUGUUGGUUCUUUCAUAAUCACUGAUUCUUCAAACUCUCAGGGUCUAAACUGCAAUGGAGCCAAUUCUGCUGUCAGUCACACAUCUAAUUCGGUGAAGUCACUGAUUCAAGCCACAUGGCGUGCACCCAGUUCUGGCACUGGUAAUAUUGAAUUCAGUGCCACCUUUGUUAAAUCAAAGUUUAUUUUUUGGGUUCAAGUUCGAAGUUCUCAAGUGACCUUCAAUAUAGCUGCACCUGCAAGUCCUGCACCUACGAGUACAUUGUCAUUUAAUCCAACUUCAUCCCUGGUAUUAAUUUCCAGUACUGGCUGUGGCACCAAUAAAACCUGCUUCAGCAGUCCUGCAGGAUGUGAUGCAGCCAUGAAUGCAGACUGCUACUUCAUGUCUUCUGCUUCACCCCAAGGAGGCGGUGAUGGUAUCCAGUUUGAAAUGAGUGGCAAAUCCAGUGGUUACAUUGCUAUUGGAUUUUCAGAUGACACAAACAUGGGAAACGAUGACAUUUAUAUUUGUGGUCGGGAUGCUAAUGGAAACGUCCAGGUCCAACACGCUUUUUCUACAGGGAAAAGUACACCUACAAUUAAACCUCUUGAAAAUGUUAACAACAUUGCAACUUCUUUCAACAACGGGGUCAUCAAAUGCUCUUUUAUAACAAGAAACAGCAUAUCAACGCAGCAGAGAGCUGCGGACACCUCUUACUACAUAUUUCUGGCUAAUGGACCUUCAAAUGGAGGGACCAUAGAGUACCAUCCUUCAAGACCUUUCAUUACUGAGAACAAAGUUAAUCUUUUAGGUUCCCAGUUAGCAAGUGGCAAUGCAAACAGACCUGCUAUUAUUAAAAUACAUGGUGCUCUUAUGCUAAUAGCCUGGAUGACAACAGGAAGUAUUGGAAUGAUAAGUGCCAGGUAUUUUAAGCAAAUAUCGAAAGGAAAACAAGUUUUUGGAAAAGACAUCUGGUUUCAGGCCCAUGUGUUCCUCAUGCUGCUAACUGUAGCUGCAACAAUCACUGCUUUUGUGCUUGCCUUUGUAUCUGUGAGAGGGUGGAGUGGUGGAGCUCAUCCUGUUAUAGGGUGUAUAGUGAUGGGUCUAGCCUUGAUCCAGCCAUUUAUAGCUGUCUUUCGCUGUGCUCCAGACAGUAAAAGGAGGAUUGUCUUCAAUCUCGUGCAUGCUAUAAAUGCUUUGGUGAUCAAAGUUCUUGCAGUGGUCUCAAUAUUUCUUGGCCUGCAGCUGCUUGAUAACUCUCCAAAUCAGUGGCUGCCUAAAGUUAUGGGAGGUUUCGUUGGAUGGGAAUUCCUUAUUUAUCUCGUACUAGAUUUCAAUCUCUUUUUAAAAAAGGAAGAAAUAUAUGAAAAUGUAAUUCAGAAUCCACCUGAACCAGUCGUGCUGCUUAUUUACAUUAUUGGAAACUUGAUGUUUUUGAUAGCUCUUCUGGUUGGAAUUGGUCAAACAUAAAGCGGACCCAAACGAAUGGAAUGCUCAAACAUUGUACUGUGGGAGAAAUAGAGGCAGUUGGCAGUUAUACUCUAAUUAUAUUAUUUUCCUGCUCCUUCCUGAACUCUCCAUAAGGUAUAUAAUGUUGGAUGUGUAUAUAUUUUGAUUGAAUAUAAAGUACAUGUUUAUGUACAGCAUAAGAAUGUUUGACAAAACACCUUCUAUAGCACUAGCUAUCAUAGAGCUAGGGAUUCUUUAGGGAAGACAUUCCACACUGUCCACACUCUUUAGGAAAAUGCAAUGAAUCUCCUCCUAGUGGCUGAUCAGUUAAUACAGACAUCAGCAUACAACACAGUUACCUCUAGACUGCAGAGUUUGCACUUUAGUUGAAUGGUAAGCCUUUCUCUUUGAAGCAUAUGGUUUGCGGUUCGCAUCCAGUCCUUGUUUUUCCAUUCAAUGUCCAAAGUAUAUUAUGGAAUUUUGUUGUGAAUCUUCUUUCUUGCACCUUUCUGCAUUUUUUUUUUAAGUUGUGUAUUUUAAAAAAAUGAACUAGUCACCUUAAUUUAAAAAAAAAAAAAAAAAAAAAAAAAAAAAAAAAUGAAUGCAGCCAUCGGUCAUAGGGGAACAUUCAGGCCCAGAUUUAUAAAAGGAUUGUGCCUGUUUUACGACCACAAUAGUACAAACAGGCAAUACUUGAUUUGCGGGGGCAAUGUCUCUGCGCUUUAGGCCUUGAUGCAUAUGUAAUUCUGUAUACGCAUAUAUAAUUCUGGGG